AUGGUGCUCACCGAGAAGGUCGCCGGCGCGGGGCUGUCCGAGGAGCAGUGCGCGGAGUUCAAAGAAGCGUUCGCGAUCUUCGACAAGGACGGCGACGGGACGAUCACGAUCAAGGAGCUCGGCGUCGUCAUGCGGUCGCUGGGGCAGAAUCCGACGGAGAGCGAGCUCCAGGACAUGAUAAACGAGGUGGACGAGAGCGGCGACGGCGAGCUCGACUUUCCCGAGUUCCUCCUCCUCAUGUCGAACCGCAUGAAGGACAACGGCAGCGAGGACGAGCUCGUGGAGGCGUUCAAGGUGUUCGACCGCGACGGCGACGGGAGCGUCAGCGUGGACGAGCUCAUGACGAUCAUGACGAUGCUCGGCGAGAGGCUCACGAGGGAGGAGGUGGAGACGAUGAUCAGGGACGCGGACAAGGAUGAAGACGGGGAGCUCAACUUUGAAGAGUUCAAGUCCAUCUGGUUUAACAGCGUCGCGCUGAAUACCUGA